GGAAACGCCAACGCGUUUGCGUUACGCAAUAAAACGGAUUUUCAGCCCAUCGGAGUCAAAAACCCUUCUCGGAUCUUCAACCUUCGAUACACGCCAGCAUCUCAACUCGUUCUCUUCACCGAGUCGACUCAGAAAAUGGUUCUAGGCGGUGGAGCACCUGCCCCAAGGGGAAGUGCCGCAGCUACUGCGAGCAUGCGAAGGAGGAAGACGACAAGUGGAGGUGCUUCAGGCGGUGCAGCAGGGACAAUGCUCCAGUUUUACACUGAUGAUGCCCCGGGACUCAAGAUCUCCCCGAAUGUUGUUCUCAUCAUGAGCAUUGGUUUCAUUGCCUUUGUUGCCGUUCUUCAUGUCAUGGGUAAGCUCUACUUUGUGCGCAGAGAGGCUUAGAAGGAAGGUUGCUUUGCUAACAAUAGGAAACAAGACUCAAUAUGGUGAUUUAUGAACGAACUUCGGUUUUAUAAGCUUUCUUUGUAAUAUGCGAAUGGUUGAAGCAGAGUUUUAGACAUUUUUGUUUCAGUGUAUUAUAACUAGAGCCUCCUUUACUUAAAUGGAAUUCUAGGCCCUCCUCCUCUUCUACAGUUUGAUCAA